AUGGUUUCGUGUCCACUGAGUUUUCUCGCUGUCGCGGUGGCGUUUAUUGGCGGAUCUAAUGCUGCAUCUGCGGACGAGUGGGCUGCGAGGUCUAUCUACCAGGUAGUUACUGAUCGUUAUGCACACUCCUCCACGUCAUCCGAAAGCUGCAACAUCACCAAGUACUGUGGAGGUACAUGGAAGGGCUUGGCCAAUAAUCUAGACUACAUCCAGGAUAUGGGAUUCACUGCUGUGCAAAUUUCGCCGGUGCAGCAGAAUAUUCCACAGGACACAAUCUACGGCGAGGCAUACCACGGAUAUUGGCCGCAAAACUUGUAUGCUUUGAACGACCGAUUCGGUACUGCAGAUGAUCUGCACUACCUUGUCUCCGAACUGCACAAGCGCGAGAUGUAUUUGAUGGCCGAUGUUGUUGCCAAUGAGCUUGCUUAUGAUAUAGGAGACAAAAACAUGACUGUGUCUACCGAAAUCGAUUACUCUGUUUUUGUACCAUUUAAUCAGUCGUCCGACUUCAAUACCUACUGCCCAAUCGUCGACUGGAACAACAAAACCGAGUGCACAACCUGCUGGCUAGGGCACCAGGGAGUUGCAACACCUAGAAUCAAAACAUCGGAUCCUGAAGUUGCCGCGACGCUGGGAAGAUGGAUCGGUGAUUUGGUCAAAACAUAUGAUAUUGACGGUAUUCGAGUUGAUGGAUCCAAGCAAAUUGAACCAACUUUCUUCCCUUCCUUUGUUCACAGUGCGGGUGUAUUCGCGAUGGGCGAGGUCUUUGACGGUACUCCAGAGAUCGUAUGCGGCUACCAGAAUCUUACCAGCGGAUUGGAAAAUUACCCUCUAUAUGGCAAAAUCAUUGAUGCAUUCACUGCUGGUAAAAUGGACGACUUGGUCACAAUGGUUGGCGCGAUGCGCAAAACAUGCAGUUCUCCCCAGUACUUGGUGAAUUUCCUCGAGAACCAGGAUAAUACCAGGUUUGCAAGUUAUACAAAAGACCUUGCAUUGGCGAAGAACGCCCUGUCUUUCACGAUUCUCAGCGACGGCAUUCCUAAGGUGUACUACGGACAAGAGCAGCACCUAAGUGGACAAUAUUCUCCAUACAAUCGACAGGCACUAUGGGAGAAUUCCCCGAGUUAUGACAAGUCGGCCGUCCUGUACACCCUAACGGCGACCCUCAAUAAACUUCGUAACCACGCUAUAUCCAUGGAUAGUCAUUAUCUCACGAAUUGGAGCUCGAUUCUAUACAAUGAUGGCUCAACAUACGUAACGCGCAAGGGGGCAAACGGUGCUCAUAUAGUGGCGGUUCUGUCCAAUCAAGGACUGCAUGGAGGGGAGUAUACCCUGGACGUUCACGGCGCCGCAGACCCUGGCACAAAUCUAACGGAGGUGACAAAUUGCAAUAGCACAGUGGUUGCAGGGUUCAACGGGACAAUCACCAUACCGAUGGGUCAAGGUCAGCCACGAGUAUACUUUCCGACAUUCAAUCUGAAAGGCUCUGGGUUGUGCGGUCAGCUUUCAACGCUAAUUGCUGCUCCCGAUGCAUCGAGCACGGCGCAGCCAUCGACAACGUCAACAUUCCUAACACAGCAAGGGCGAGGUGCGCGUUUUCAGAUUUCUGGCUGGUCGGGGGUUUUCGCAGUAAUGGUGUUCGCUUUAACUUAG